UUUGUGUCAUUUUUUUUUCUGUAGAGCUUUCAUUGUUGAGGUUCCUCAGUGCUGAACUAACAAGAGGGUACUUCCUUGAACAUAAUGAGGCCAAGUAUACAGAAAGAAGAGAAAGAGUAUACACUUGUAUGCGAAUACCAAGAGAAUUGGAAAAGCUCAUGUUUUUUGGAAUCUUUCUUUGCCUGGAUGCAUUUCUGUAUGUGUUCACCCUGCUCCCUUUAAGAGUUUGCCUGGCACUGUUUCGGCUCUUCACUUUGCCUUGCUAUGGCUUAAGGGACAGACGUUUGCUUCAGCCUGCCCAAGUGUGUGACAUUUUGAAGGGUGUCAUUUUGGUAAUCUGCUAUUUUAUGAUGCACUAUGUGGACUACUCCAUGAUGUAUCACCUGAUUCGAGGGCAGUCUGUCAUCAAGCUCUAUAUCAUCUACAACAUGCUUGAGGUAGCUGAUCGUCUGUUUUCAUCCUUCGGGCAAGACAUAUUGGAUGCUCUCUACUGGACAGCAACGGAGCCUAAAGAAAGAAAACGAGCCCACAUCGGGGUGAUUCCCCACUUUUUCAUGGCCGUUCUCUAUGUCUUUUUGCAUGCAAUUCUUAUAAUGGUUCAAGCAACAACUCUCAAUGUAGCUUUUAACUCACACAACAAGUCACUGCUUACUAUCAUGAUGUCUAAUAAUUUUGUUGAAAUUAAAGGAAGUGUUUUCAAGAAGUUUGAAAAGAACAAUCUCUUUCAGAUGUCAAAUAGCGAUAUUAAGGAGCGAUUCACAAAUUAUGUGCUUUUGCUAAUAGUGUGUCUAAGAAACAUGGAACAAUUUUCUUGGAAUCCAGGUAACUAACUCUUAACAAAUACAGUGGCACUUUUAUCUACAAAGUCUGAACCUUUACACAUUAUAUAUUUGCACUGUAUUACUUAAUAUUUCAUUCUUAUUUGUCUCUAGGUCUACAGUGAAUACAGAGCCAGCCUUGCUUUUGACCUUGUUAGCAGCCGACAGAAAAAUGCAUAUACUGAUUACAGUGACUCUGUGGCACGGAGGAUGGGGUUUAUUCCUCUUCCACUAGCUGUUUUACUCAUCAGAGUUGUAACAAGCUCAAUUAAAGUGCAAGGAAUCCUGUCUUAUGCCUGUGUCAUACUCUUCUAUUUUGGGUUGAUAUCCCUGAAAGUACUUAACAGCAUUGUGCUACUGGGAAAAUCAUGCCAAUAUGUGAAGGAAGCCAAAAUGGAAGAGAAGUUGUUCAGCCCUCCCCCAACCAGCACUCCAGGCAAACCACCCAAUAAAUCACAGAACAAAAGUAAAUCCCCUCAAGGCCUUGCCACUGAAGAAACCCUGUCUGCUUCAGUCACCAGCCAGCCUACUCAUCCAAAGGAAAACGUUAUCCCACUGCUUGUGACAAGCAAUUCUGACCAGUUCCUGACCACUCCAGAUGGUGAUGAGAAGGACAUAACGCAGGAAAAUUCUGAAUUGAAACACAGAUCCUCAAAGAAAGAUCUGUUAGAGAUAGACAGGUUUACAAUUUGCGGAAACCGGAUUGACUGAACCCGGUGGCGCCUGUGCCGGAGACACGGAGUCCCGGGCAGUAGACGCCGUGCUGCCAAGAUGGACAGAUGUGAAAAGUGGCACUUAAAUAUUUAUUUAAAAACUUAAAUUAUUAAUGGCGAGGAAAUAUUAGUAUCUUUCUUCCAGCAGUGUGGUUGGGAUGAAGGUCUGGUCACAGAACAGCAGCGACCUCGAGCUUUGAUUUCUGGGGAGAUUUGGUGGAUCACGAAAACUUCGUCCUGCUGGCCGAGCAGCAGCGUCACUUCGGGGACCCAGCGGAAGUAGCAUCGGAAUUACAUGUGCUUUGUCCAUCGUCCUCGAGGCCUCUUCAGUGUAAGGAUGUACCUGGAAAACUUUGAAACUCAGACCAUGACGUGACUUUUCCAGUCUCACACUAUUUUCACAAAGUUUUCAAACUUUACUUCAUCUGCCAAAGCAUUAAAAAAAGUUAUUAAACAUAAAUCAAGAGAAAUGUUCUGACCCCCACAAUAAUCCUUGCAGGUGUACUUGAACUAAUCAGAAUAAAAGGCUACCUUAAAUAAGACAUGAUACAUAGUAGCGUUUUAUAGAAAAACAAAAACGCUAAGCCAUUUAGUUUAUUUUGUAAAAGGAAAAAAAAUCUCUUAAUGAAGGUUAUGCAUCACUGAGAAAAUGUUUCCUAAUUUUUCCAUUGACUCUUUAAAGCAAAAGCUGAGCUGUAUGUUAUUUAAUUGCAGUGGAUAAACUAGAGAUUCUCUUACAGGAGGCAAUUUUUAGACUGAAAAAGCAGAGCAUGGUAAUUUUCAGAUGGAGUUAACUGGUUUCACUAUAAGGUUAAUUGCUUCAUAAAUUGUUACAGCUAAAAGGAUUUGAUGUUGAACAGGCUGGAAACUUGUCAGUGUACAAAAUUCAGGUGUCAACUUUAACUGGGUUUUUUAAGUAACCAUUUUAAAGUAAAUAUACUUAGUAGAUGGAGCAACACCAACACCGUCUUGCCUGGGCUUAUCAGAUGCAUUCAGAUUUCUGUUUGGAGCACUGUGGGUGUGUCUGUAUGGGGAGCGGUUCUGUAUGGGGAGCAGUGACUGAGGUGUGCCUGUUCUGGGGGUGCAGGCAGGCCCCUGUUGAGAGAGCACUUGGUGUGAAAGUCAGCAGGUGUGCAGAGGUGUAUGGAUGCUGGGAACAUGGGAACAGCAGCCAAAAAUUACUUUUUGGUUUUGUUCAAGAUCCAGAUUCCAUUUAGGCUUAAUGACUAGUUUGUGGCUUACAGUAUAGGACAUGUUAUUUUCCAUCACAUUUUACUUAAGAAACCUUUCUGUGUUUUAUAAACAUCUUACAACUUCUGUUUUCAGAACUGUCGAGAAGAUACUGUUGACUUUUUUUUUCUUCCCCCUUUUGUUUUUUGGUGCUUUAAUUUUGAAGUUCAGCUCUUGUGCAGAUGUUUGAGGCAUAUGAUAUGCAGAAGGUAAAUUAGAGGCAACUUGUCUAUUUCCUGGGUAAAAUAUAAAGCAAUCUAAUGCUUUGGCUAGUUCGUUUGAAAUACAAAAGUGAAUUUUCAGGUUUUGCAGUAUGCUCAGAUCGGAUAAAGGAGGAAAUUGUACACAAAUGCUUUUGUGAAGGCAGGAAGUAUUUUAAGUUAAAAAUGAAAAGACUUCUGUUUUGUAUACAUUUCAGUGAAACCCCAUUUUGGAAGUAUUAUUCUUUUCUCUCCAUCUCUUCUCUCAUCAACAAAAGGAAUAGUGUCCGCAGUGAAUGGCAAUAAUUUGAGGAAAACUUUGCCAGGAGUAGCCCUCCCUGAUCAAAGCAAGAACCUAAUUUGGGUGUGUGUUUCAAUUCAGCUUGAAUUAUUCUGUCUUUGUGCUGUCAUUUUUGGAAGAUUUUCAUUUCCUUUGCAGAUGCUGUAGGGAGUUCAGAAUGAUGUUCUUGUUCUUUUCUUCUGUUACAGUGGCAUUCAGUACUAAUUUUAUAAGUGCAUCUUGUGUGAAACUCAAUAAAUUCAAUUUUGUAAUCUUUUUUAAAAAGAUCACUGGAUUUAUUUUGAUAAUAUUCACUGUUAGAUUUGGUGAAGUAUAUUUCCCAUGCUUUAAUAAGACUUUAUUUCUAAUUUUCAAGUGAUAAGUCUGUCUUAAUGUCAUUAUUCUUUUGGUCUUAAUGGUACAAAAUGUUUCAUCAUGUUUUUGGAAAAAAUGGCUGGGAUUUGAUUAUAGACCAUUUAAUAACUGUCAGCAAAUGAAGUUAUUUGCAUUUUACAGGUAUUUUGACUGUUACACAGUGUGAUUUUUACAUCUGGCUUCAAGCUCAAGACAGUGCUUCAGUUUAAAAAAACAAUCUAUGUAGAGCACAGCAUAGGUCAGACCAAUAUUAGCUUUUCCUUUGGAAUAAAUACCAAGUGUCAUUCACGAGCUUUACUAAACUUCCUUGUGGAUGUUGGCCAGCAUUUAGACUUUAUAUUCAGUGUAUAUAAACAUAUAAGCCCUGGUGGUACAGUGGUUAAGAGCUUGGCUGCUAACCGAAAGGUUGGUGGUUCAAAGCCACCCAGCGGACCUGUGGGAGAAAAGAUCUGGUUAUCUGCUUCCGUAAAGAUUACAGCCUGAAACCCUAUGGGGCAGUUGUACUCUGUCACAUGGGGUCGCUAUGAGUCCAGAUCGAUUCAACGAUACAUAAGCGUGGAAGAAACUUGGUAUAAUUAAAUCCUCAAGAUAUAUCCUGCAACUCCUGGUAACUCAGCAGAGGAAGAGAGAAAUUUAUGAAAUAAUUUAAAAUCACUAUAUUUUGCUGUGUUUUGAUUUCAUUCAUCUAUUUAUUCUUUCAGCAAACAUUUACUAACCCUCCUAUGUGUCAGGAACUGUUCUAGAUGCUGGGAUCAGCCAUGAACAAGAUGAAGUCCCUGCUCUUCUGGGGCAGACAGAGUAAACAAGUCAAUGAAGUUAUUUCUGCUGGUGACAAGUUGUAUGACCACCAAGUGAUCUUGCAGAUUAUUUUAGUUCUGAAAUACAGUUCUUUAACAUGUAAAUUGGAUUUUUUUCCCUAUUGAAUUUGCUUAAAAUAAUUGUACAGCAGUUGGACAGUUCCACAGUGUUUCUCCCUAGAUGGUAAAGACUGCUAGAAUCCAUUCUCCUGUUCCAUGAGCGCAGGAGUGUAACUGAGCAUGUGGCUGCCUGGUGGGCAGCUCCAUUUCCCAGUCCCUCUUGCUGUCCUAUGUGGCCAAGUGACUUAAUUCUCAGCUACGGGUUGCAAAUUGAAAGGGAUGCAUACCAUUCUCAGACCAGAGCCAUUAAGACAGUGGAUAGGGCUCCACUUUAUUCCUUCUCUAUCAGCUGGAACCCAGAGAAGGUUGGCGGCCUUACCCCAGUCAUGCAGAUCAAUGCAUGGCACCGAGAGGAUGGGGGAGCCACUGGAGGGAAGGAACCUGGGGCCUGGAUGCCCCUGCGGAGCACAGUUACCUGUUAACUUGGAACACUCAGUUCAGACUGACUGAAAUAUGAGAGAAAAAGACUUCUAAGACGGCUUUGCUUUUAAGCCACUGGAACUAGAUCUGUCUUGCAGCAGUUAAGCCCACAUUAACACACUAGGAAAUCUGAAAGGGACUAUUUAGAGACUCAACUCUAAAAACAUGCUCCUAAAAAUACUUGCUGGAUAUCCAUACAUACUAGUUUAUAGGGAAAAGGAUGUAGAGUACUAUGCUCCAUUUACUCUGAGGUCAGACUCCUACCACCCUGAAUCUAGAUCUGAACAUUAAACCUGCUAAUAAGUAGCAAUGUCCUAUUUGUUAAUAUACUCUCCUUUACCCAACAAUAUGCAUUGCCCCAUCAGGAAAGUGUGUGUAUAGUAAGGGAGUAAAUUACAAGCAUAAACUAACAGCAAAGAGGAGUGAAAGCAAAAGGAGUCAAUACAUAAACAGGCAAUAAAAAUAUGGUCAUCUGGGGCCUAUUGUUAAUUGCCGUGGAGUGGGGCAUCCCCAUAUAUGACAGAACAAUGAAAUGUUCCCAGGUCUUGUGCUAUCUUCACGAUCGUUGGUAUUAUACAUUUUCACCAAAAAUAAAAUCAAAAAAAUAUUGAGUGAAUAAAUGUGGGAGCCAUUCUAGAGGAUGUGUGCUUGGGCUGCCUUGAAAAAAGAAUAGGAAUUAGAUGGAUAAGGGAAAGGAAGGGUAACCCGGCAUGAACACAGGAGGAAAGAUCAUAGCGGGUCCAAAGCACAGGGCUUCCUGCACUCACUAGGUAAACAUCCAAUGCCUAUUAAGUACCAACCAUCAGGCUGAGAAUACAAGAAGUGGCUUCAAUCUUGGAGAGCUUUUAAUACCUUGCUAAGAUCUUGGGGAUGGUGCAGAGGUGAUUCAGUGGUAGAAUUCUCACCUUUCCUUUGGGAGACGAGAGGGGAUUCAAUUCUCGGCCAGUGCACCUCAUGCACAGCCACAACUCAGCUGUCAGUGCAGUUUUGCAUGUUGCUAUGCUGCUGAACAGGUUUCAGCAAAGCUUCCAAGCUAGGACAGACUAGGAAGAAAAUCAGCCAAUGAAAACCCAGUGGAUCACAAUAGUCCAAUCAAAACCAAUCAUGGGGAUGGUUCGAGACCAAGCGGCAUUUCGUUCUCUUGUGCAUGGGAUCGCCAUGAGUCGGGGCCAACUCGACGGCAGCUUAAUAACAAGAUUCUUGCACUUGAUAUUGUGGGCAAUAGGGAAGCUUAAGUGAAAUUUCAAGUUGGAUUGUUGUAGCUAUCAAAUGAGAAGAUAAAUGGAAAAAAGUACUUUGCACACUAUAAAAUGUUAAAAUGAUCAGAUCAGUGUUUUAUAAAAGUCUAGUGGCCUUGUAAAGGAUUACUAUCUAAUAGCUUCCACUGUUUUAGUAUGAUAGCACUGUUAAGCUCAUUUUCUGCAUUCUAUCUCUAUGAAGUAGGCACUGUUAUCCCCCUUUUAUACAUAGAAAAACUGCACCUUGGAAAGGUUAAGUUGCCCAAGAUCACACAGCUAGUAAGCAGCAGAGCAGAAAUGUAAGCCCCUUCCCUGACUUCAAAGCCUGCUCUCUCAGCCUUGGUGCUAAUGCUAUUUGCAGAAGAGGAAGAAUUGGAGGCAAGGAGCCUCCUUAAGGAGGUAACUGCGGGAGUUCAAGCCAGAGUAAUGAGGACUCAAGGACGUAGAGGUGGUUCAGUGGUAGAGUUUCCAACUUCCAUGUGGAUGACCCGGGUUUGAUUCCCGGCCAUUGCACC